AUGCUUGUAAGUGAACUGAUUUUUGGAAUUUUCCUCACAUCUGAAAUUGUCCUUGGGUUUGGGGGGAACACAUUGCUCUUCAUGUUAUGUGUGUACACCAUCUUGUUUCAAAGACAUCUGAAGAAGCCCAUAGAUGUGAUCUUCACACACCUGUCACUGGUCAAUGUUUUGACCAUCAUGUUCAGGUUAAUACCAGACACCAUGUCAUCCUUUGGAGGUGGACAUUUGUUUGAUGAUGUGGGUUGCAAGGCAGUUUUGUACAGCUACAGAGUUACCCGGGGUCUUUCCAUCUGCACUACCUCUCUCCUGACUGCAUUUCAAGCUAUUACCAUUAGCCCCAGGAACUCAAAGUGGGUGUGGCUUAAAUCUAAACUCUCCUCCUGCGUUUUCCCUUCUUUCCUUUUCUUCUGGAUCAUCAACAUGCUGAUCUAUAUCCACAUCAUUGAAACUUUAACAUCCAGUAGCAAUUCCACUAUGGUUGGUUCUGGAUAUUCUCACACAUACUGUACAAAGAGUGGGCAUAAUCAACUUUCAUAUGUAUUUUUAAGUGUCAUGGUGAUGCACGAUGUGCUCUUUGUGACCCUCAUGAUCUGGAGCAGUCUCUACAUGGUGCAUCUCCUCCACAGACACCACAGGAGAGCCCAGCAUGUUCACAGCACCAGACUGUCUUCCCAACCAUCUCCUGAAAACAAAGCCACCCACAGCAUACUUUUGCUGGUUAGUUGCUUUGUGUUCUUUUAUUGCUCAAAUAAUUUCAUUACCUUUUACUUAUUCUUUAGGCCUGGAAAAACACCAACAUUUGAGAGGAUUACUGGAAUUGUUGCAUCCUGCUAUCCAACCAUUUGUCCUUUUGUUCUGAUUAAGAACAUGAAAAUUAUUUCUGGGUGUAACUCUCCCAUUUCAGAGAUAAAAUGCAUCUUCUGUUGA